AUGAUGAAGAAUAACGAGGGAAAAGUGGUAGAUAAGAGCAGGAUUGUUCCUGUGUCGAUCAUAUUUGUGGAUUUGAAGAGAGAACAUGUUUCCCUUCGUAAUAAAGUGAAACUCACAUUUGAGUCAUUUGUUGAUUUAGGUGUUUUAAAGUCUAUUCAGUUUCUGGGUGCUGAAUAUGAACUUUUGAAAACACCUGUUGUCAAUUUUGAGUCAACUAAUGAAGAAGAGCUUCAAGUUAUAUGCUCCGAUUCUUCUAAAAAACAAUUUAAAUUUGAUUAUUUAUUCAAACCUGAACAUAAUCAAGAUGUUGUUUUUGCACAAACAAAAUCUAUUGUUGGAUCAAUAUUAGAUGGGUUCAAUGUCUCCAUUUUUCCAUAUGGCCAAAUCUGA